AUAAAUAUAAAAGUCUUUGCACUUGAUGUAUGUGUGUGCGCGUCAUUUUAGAGCGUGAAUUUUCGAUUCGUUAAAAACUAGAAGCCGGCUCAGCAGGAGGUAAAUUUUGCGUAUGCGUGUGAUGUGAGGAAAUGCCGCAACGGCAGCAGCCACCGCAGCCAUAUCGAUGUCGACAGCGUCAACGUCAACAGCAGCAGCAACUGAAACAAAAGCAGAAGCAGAAACAAAAGCAACUGAAACAAAUACAAAUACAAUUAAAGCACAAACUACAGCAAGAAAGUAUCCACGACGAGCCACAGCAUAAUUAAAUAAUUGGCAGCAGAUCUCCUCCAGCAAACUGAUAAAUUAAGUGUAAAAACUGAGCGUAUGAACAAUUAAUUGAUCCAAAUUAACAGGCAACGAAAAUAUAUAGAUAUUUAUACAUAUAUAUUGUGCAUACAAUUUAACACAAAGUUCUCCAAACCGAUAAGCAAAAAAUAAAAUAAAACGUGCUGCAAAAAUGAAGCGACGCAACGCUGAUUGUGGCAAAUUACGUCGCCCAAUGAAGCGCAACAAAAUCACAGAGGGCAUGUAUGGCAGCACAACUGUUUUAUACAUGAAAUUUCUGAUACUUUGGGCAAUUGUGAUGGUAGCCGACUUUAUGUUUAUGUUCCGAUUUGAAUUCCUGUGGCCAUUCUGGCUGCUCCUUCGCUCCGUGCACGACUCGUUCAAGUACAAGGGUUUGGCCUUUUCCGUGCUAUUUGUGUGCAUUGCAAUAACAUCGGAUCUGGUGUGUUUGUUCUUCAUACCCGUACAUUGGCUGCUCUUUGCGGCCAGCACAUACGUCUGGGUACAAUAUGUCUGGCAUACAGAUAAGGGCAUCUGUUUGCCGACUAUAAUACUCUGGAUGUUGUUUGUCUACCUGGAGGUGGGCAUUCGAUGGAAAGACAGUCGUCAUAUGCCACAUUUGGAUCUCUGCCGACCGUUUGCCGCGCACUGCAUUGGCUAUCCGGUGGUAACUCUUGGGUUUGGCUUCAAAAGCUAUGUAGGCUAUCGUAUGCGUCAGCGGAAGCAGCGCGAGGUGGCCAAGGAGAAUGAGUUCUACAUGCAGCUACUGCAGCAGGCACUGCCCACUGAGGAGGCCAACGACGAGGCGGCAACACCACAGACAGCGGCUUCGACUGUGGUGACGUCGGCGUCCAGCAGCAGCACGGCCGUUGUGCCCAAUGGCACGGGGGGUGCGCCGUCAUCACUGUCCGCUGCAGCAUCAACAUCCCAGGCGAAUGGUAUUUUGGCACCGGCGUCGCAAGCACAAAAUCAUCACGAUCAUCACGGCGGUGGCGGCGCCAGCAGCAGCAGCAAUAAUAAUAAUCAUCAUCAUCAUCACCAUCACAAUAACAACAACAAUAAUAAUAACAACAACAACAGCAACAAUAGUCAUCACAGCAAGGAUAACAACAGCAACAGCGACAGCAGCACAACGACUGCCACAGCGACAUCAGGAGGAGCAGCAGCAGCAGCUGCCGCAGCUUCUUCAUCAUCCUCCGCAUCUGCAUCAUCGUCCACCAGCUCAUCAAACUCUUCGUCUGUCCGGCAACCAAAUGCUGCAACAAUUGCAGUAGCAGCAACAACAGCAACCUCAAAUGGUCAUGUUGGCGGUGGCUCGAGGAAUCAUCGACGCAGCAUGGACAAGGACAAGCAUCGCAACAAAGGCGAUACGGCCGACAACAAUGAGCACAACAACGGCGGCGGACGUCAUGGCGGAAAAAAUAGCAACAGUAAUAACAAUACAAGUAGCAGCAACAAUUAUCAGCAAGUGGAUAGCAAUGCAACCACAACAAGUAAUAACAGUAAGGAGAAGUCAGACUGGGAUAGUGGCAAUAGCAACUAUCAACAACAACAACAACAGCAGCAACAGGGGGCUAAGGAUAAACAGGGUGCUUUGAACAAAAAGAAAUCGCUUUAUUCAAAGCAAAUUGAUAUCGGCCCCUCCUUGCUUGCAGACAACAAAAAGACGCACAAUGCUGUCAGCAACGGCAACGUCCUGCAGCACGAGACAACAGAAGAACCAGCGGUCGUGGAGCAAGUGUCUCAGGCAGAAAAGGCGCCAAAGGGUCGUCGCAAUCGCGGUAAGAAGGACAAUACAGCAAAAGACAAUCAUAGCCAGCAACAGGAUAAGCAUAAGGAGAAUGCAGCAACAGCUGCUUCCAGCAAUAACAACAACAACAACAACGAUGCCUGUUCCGUUUCGUCAUCGGCGAGCUCAACAUCGAGUAAUGCAACCGCUGCCGCCAUUUCGCACAUUGCCAGCAAAGUCGUAUCGAAGAUAUGUGAGACGUGCCUCAAGCUGGAGGCAGACGUUAAGAAAUAUCGCGCCGAGAUCAGUCACAUGAAGCAAAUUGAGAACGAGCUGCGCCAAAAACUUGACGCGAAUCUGACCAGCAAAUCUAGUUUGCAGGCCAAACAAAAGGAGUGCGAAGAUCUCGAGAAACGCCUACAGGAGCUGCAAAAUGCACACCAUGCCGACAUGGUCGGCCUGCAGACCAUGGAGCGGCGUUUGAACGAGGAACGGCGCCUCAAGCAAUCCCUGGACGCCCAGCUGGCUAACGAGAAGAAGGCACGCAAGGCGGCCGAGGAGAAGGCCGCACGUCCCGAGUGCAGCACCCAAUGCAAGCAGCGCCGUCAGCAAAUGGAUGAUGAGCUGAAGCGUGUGCGCACCGAACUCAAACAGACCGAGGAGGCCAAGCAGAUGGCCGUCGAUCAUGGUCGCAAGUUCGAGCAGGAGUAUCGUAUGUUGGAUGCUAAGGUGCGCAAUCGCGAGUCAUCGCAAGCGGAUGCCGAUAUGUUACUGGUAGCACUGGCUACCAUGCAGGAGAAGAACGCAACACUAGAGAAACAUCUAUCCUCAGAGACGAGAGUUAAGCUGGACUUAUUUUCGGCUCUGGGCGCGGCCAAGCGCCAGCUAGAAAUAUCUGACAGUCAUCGCCGGUCCCAGGAUGAUGAGGUCAUUGAUCUCAAGGCCAAGAUAGCACAGUUGCUGGCAGUUAUGCCAGACUCAAUGUGCCUAAAUACAGGACCACAUGGUCCAGGCGGUAGCAUGCUGCGCAUGAACGAUACACCUCCGCUACAAUCGGGCGGACCUGGCCCCUCCUCGCCCAUGCUCAGCCUGAGUGUUGCACAAGAGUAUCAACAGCAUCAGCAACAUCAACAACAACAGCAACAUCAACAACAGCAACAUCAACAGCAUCAGCAACAUCAACAGCAUCAACAACAGCAACAUCAACAGCAUCAGCAACAUCAACAGCAGCAGCAACAUCAGCAGCAACAGCAGCAUCAACACCAGCAACACCAGCAACAUCAGCAACAGGUGAACAACUCUCAGCAGCAGCAGAUGGUGCCGGUGAGUGUUGCUGCUGCACUGCAUGUGGCUGCAAAUAAUGCUGUAAAUGGUGGAGGCAAUGGCGGCAACGGGCUGUCUACACUGGAUCCAAAUGCUAGCGUCUAUACGCCCCAAAAGGGCAACAUGAUGGUGGUGGCGCCGGUUGGCAUGAAUCCCAAUGGAGCGGAUGCCUGACGCCAACAGCAACAACAACAGCAGCAGCAGCAGCAUCAAAAGCAGUCGUCGACAGCAUCGUCAACGUCCGCUUCAUCCUCGCAUCAGCUAAUGAGACGACAAGUUUGAGAUUAUCAUAAAGAAUACUUUAUGAAAAGCAACAGCAAAUGAAAUGCCAAGCAGUGACCGAUUGAUUUAGACUAUAGUAGUCAACCGAUGACAAUUGGAGCUGUUUGCAUAUGAUAUAAUAUGAAUGUCCGUACUAAGCAUAAGCAGUUUCCUUUCCAAACACAAACACACACACACAACCCAGUAUCACCUAGUACACAAUCUCGCCCAUUGCAAAACAUCCAAGAUACCAAGUUUACAACAGUUUGUUGAUUGCUUUUCCAAUUUCCUGACACUCAUUUACAUGCUCACAUUAUUCUAUACAUACCAUUAAUUGGAGUUUUUUUUAUAUUUUUUAUUUUUUGUAUUUAUGACUCCCAUCUUUUCUGGCCUUAAACGUCAUUCCACCUAAUCAGAAAUAUAUUUGUAUUCAGGGUGUUUUUUUCCUCGUUUCAUAACAUCCUUCAAUGGAAAACCUUUGCUAGAAAAAGAAAACAACUGUUGGUAUCCAUCUGUCAAUCGACUCCACACAUCCGCUCAUGGAAACACAACCACACACAUACAUUAACAAUUAAUACGAUUGGGAGAUUCCUUGCGCGAGUUUUUGAAUGAUUUGAAAAAUUUUAAAAAUAAUAAGAAAGAGAAAAAUGCAAAAACUAAAUUGGAAAUUUGUAUUCUUUAAUUUAAAUGCGAAAGGAAUAUGAUGAUGAUGAAGAUGAAGAUGAAAAGAAAUGAAAAAUCUGUUUACUACUUAUUAUUAUUAACAAAACGCUGUGAGAGUUGACCAACUUUAGUGAUGGCCUUUGAAUUUGGCGUGAAAAAUACGUUUUUUAUUUGCCAAAUUUUCUGCCCUUCUUUCAAUGGAAUUUUUGAAGUCUGCGCCCUUGAUUUAUUAUCUCAUUAAAUUAUUUUUGUUAUAAACUUUAAUUGUACGCCUAUUAUGUAGAAUUACCUAUUUUGAAAUAACCAAUGCGUUUCGUUUUAAGUUUUUAAUUUAUUUUUUGCUGUUCCUAAAAAAAGAAAACCAAGUCGAAAAUACUUGAAUUUAUUUUGCGAAGAAAAGAAAAUACGAUGACUAUUUUGUUUAAUAAAAAUAAAACCAUUUCACUGCGUGAAGCGAG